AUGGACGUUCAUUUCAUCAGUGUCGACAGACCUGGACGUGUUCCCAGCUGGCAACUCAGUCAGAUCACGGCCCAUGCGAUGCGUAGGAAUCAUGAACGGCGUCGUGGGUUAGAAGUCUAUUCGGCAGGAGUACAAACGCCUCCCGGGGUGGACCGUGUUAGGGGCCAUAAGAAUCAUCUUCUUGAACAGGGAUCACGGAAUUCAAGACCUAUUGCAAAAACCCAUCUGAAUUCUCAAAGUCAAUUGCACCUCGAGCAAGCUGUUACAGCCGAUGCGAGCACCAAAACACCACCGCCCCAGCGAGACAAGGGUGCCCACCCAGGCAUGCUACCCCCUGGAUCACCGUGCUUAAACGAACAUGGAUCUUCCCCAGAGACAAUAUCCUCAGGUGAUGCCCAAGCGGAUCCUUGUGGCUGCCGGGAAUGUCGAGCUGAAUCAUUAGCCCUUGCGGCUUGCCCUGCCGACAGCGUUUUCGGUGGUCUGCGUACCGAUCCAUUCCUACGAUAUCCUAUUGAGUCUCAGGAGUAUUUCCCUGCUGUAAUUGACCACUGUAGGGAGAUCGUUGCACCAGGCCAGGUCUUUUUCGAGCUCUUCAUGACGCACGAUGUUCUAUUUGAGGCUGUCAUCACUUGGGUACUUUGUACCUACCUAUCACACACGCCCGAGUUGAAGAAGGCGAUGCUGUACCAUUACGGAGGCUCCCUGUCAAAGAUCAGGGAACGGCUCCUUGUCCCGGGCUCCACUCGAAAGGCUGUAAUGGCAGCUAUUUCCAAUUUAGCCGGGGUUUGCGCUUACUUUGAGGAUGAUGCAUCUUUCAACAUGCACCGCAAUGCGCUCCGUUACCUGGGUCAGUUCGAACACGACGAGGACCUGCGCGAACGCGAUGUUCGUGCUUCGACCAAACGUCCUUCUUGUUUUCACGACGCCUUAUCGUACGCUCAACCCAGGAUGAAGAGCCCAACCAUUUUUCCUGAGUACAGCCCCUCCUCCCUGACCACGGGACAGUCAGCUGGGGAGGAGCCGGUAUACCCAAAGCUCCCGUUCUCUCCAAGCCUAUCUGCGCGUCUUGCCAGAGUCUGUGAAGGGUUCAGAGAGCUGGCCCUGCGCAGGAUUCUUUCCAUCCAAGUUAUCGAACGGCUGGCCAUGGAAAGAGGCCAAAUUGUCCGCCUCGCAUCAAGGGCAACCAGGGAUCGCGAACGGUCUCAAGCUUUUCGUGAAAGGUUACCCCCGAUCGAACGCCUGAUCUGGCUGGGCUUCUCGGUGUUUCACUUACAAACGGCAACAUACGAACUGGACCGUGAGGAAAUGGCCGAGACUUUUCUCGAGUGUUCGCGCAAGAUGACCCGGGGGUCGCAGAUUGAGAACGAUUGUCUUCUAUGGGGUGGCUGUGUGGUUACAGCAACCAAAGAAAUGUUGGAAGGAUGUCCGCUUGCGCAGGGCGACGCCGUAACCAAAACCCUUCUGUCGAGGUUCAAAAUGAGCAUCGACGAGAUGAAUGGCGUGGCUCAGAGAUUUCUCUGGAAUGAGUCUAUGAGCUCUUGCCUGGCAGCGACCCUACGCCACCACUUCAUUGUUGUGUCAAAGAUCGAAGAGACGGUGAAGUGGCGCACAUGGUUAUGA